GUGAGUACAACUGUUAACCUCUGAAUGUUUCAGGUGCUUGGAAGCAUCCCACGGCAAACCUACUUCCAAAGGGUGCUCUCUGCUGCCUCAAUAGGACAGGCAAGGCUUGUCUCCUACAUCUCAGGACUCGGGUGCUUUGCAAUGGCCAUCCCUUCUGUGCUCAUUGAUGCAGUUGCAGCAUAAACAGGCUGGAAUCAGACAAGCUAUGGUCUUCCAAGUCCACUAGAGAGAGGGGAAUCAGCAAUGAUACUACCACUUGUUUUGCACUACCUCUGCCCAGCACAUAUCUCCACUGCUGGGUUGGGAGCCAUUGCUGCUGCCACAAUGUCCUCUGCAGAUUCAGCUCUUCUGUCUGCUAGCUCCAUGUUUGCUCACAAUAUCUAUAGGAAAAUCCUGAGGAAAAAGGCUGCAGAGACAGAGGUGUUAUGGCCUAUGAGGACCUCCAUGUUGGUGUUUGGGGCUGGGGCUGACAGUCUGGCUUUUUCCUCCAGCUCUAUCUAUGACCUCUGGUUCCUCAGCAGGGAGCUGGUGCACACCCUCCUCUUCCCCCAGCUCUGCUGUGCCCUCUUUACUCCCAGCACCAACACCUACAGCUCAGCUGCUGGAUUCUUGGUUGGGCUCCUGCUGAGACUACUAGCAGGGGAGCCUGCCCUGAGCAUAUCCCCUCUCAUCUGCUACCCAGCCUGCUCCCUGGUGAACAGAAUCUACAGCCAGGUCUUCCCUUUUAAAACAUUCACCAUGCUUCUCACCUUUGGUGUGAUCCUUGCUGUUUCAUACCUGGUCAAGGUUUUGUUUCAGAGAAACCUCCUUCCCCACAGGUGGGAUGUUUGCAACAUCAUGGGGGGAGUCGGCACCCUCAUCCUCCUGCAGCAGAUGGAGAAACAGAGGGGUUCACCAACCACUGCACUAGAAGAGAACCGCAGCUAAAUAUGGGGCUUCAUUUGAAAGGCCACUGUGCAUUCAGCAGUUAGAGUAUGGCACAAACAGCAUAGCUUUUCCCUUUGCUCUCUCCAGUAUGAAUUAUUUAAAGUCCUCACAGAGCAAUAAAAACAGAUCCUGUUUAUGUGUGAGCUUGAAGUCUGCAGUGAUCAAAGUCACAUGGUGAUGGAGCACAAUCCUGCGGUGGUGACCACAGGGCAGGCACCUUGGGCCCCAGCAGUGGUUGCUUCGAGGUGCCCCUGGAUCCCCACCUGAAAGCAAAGCUAUAAAUCAUGCUCCAACAUUUAGGGCAUUCCCAAGUCACAUACUUUUCUCACCACAAAGGAGACAAAUUAAUGUUUAAUAGAUUGGAUAUUCUUAAUUUAAAAAAAAAAAAAAAAGGUGAGCAAACCUGUUUCCAUUACGCAGUUAAGGGUUUAGCAUAACCAUCCCUGGGGAUAAUAUCAGACCUAUAAAAACACAGAUUACUGAAAGCAGUGCAACCACUACAGCAGUCCAGCAGUAAUAUCAUCUCUGCACCAUUCCUUGUAUGCUUUACAAAGCUUUCCUGGGUACAGCAAAAGCUUUUGGUUACACCUCUCUCCACUGCGGUACCAGGCCACACAACCAGUGUGGAUCCCACAGCCUGGGUAUGUGUGAGACAUCCCCUCUCAUAUGACCUGGUAGGGCAGAAGCAGAUGUGCAAGAUGAAGCAACAGCCCUUAAUUAUUCAAUAAGCCACUAUCUCAAAAACUUAAUCUGUAGCUGUAAAUUAAGUACUUUAUUAGAAAUUGUUAGCCACAGAAUUCAUGUAUUUUAGACUAAGCAUUUUAAAAGGAGAGUGGUAGCCAUAGAACUCAUGUAUUUUAGUAAGGUUGGAAGUUCUCAAGGGAAAGUGUAGUUCAUAAUUUCUUGUGAAGAUUCAUUACAGACAAGAAUUUCAAUAAAACAGAGAUGGUUGCUUGCACAUGUGAAGAGACUGAUAAAAGCGAGAAAGUAGAUGAAACAGGGUUUAGGCCUAGAAUCAGGUCCAGAGGGCAGGAAACCA